AUGAACUUUAUGGGGAGAGUGCUUAACUCGGUGUCAGACUUGUAUAAGGAUAUGCAUCCAGGGCAAAUGAGCGGGGCAAAUGAUGUAAUAGUCUGCAAAACAGCCAAGGGGUUCCACUCCACUGGGUUUCAUGCUCGCUUUGGAAACGUGCAGUCGUUUAAAACCUCACGGGAGGUUAUUUUAAUAGUAAACGACAGGGUAGUCAAUGUUGAAGCGCGCCUAGACCGAGAGGGGAAUGUGUUUUUCUCCCUCCAUAACCAAAGCCACCCAGGGCAUCCCUUGGUGAAUGUUCCAUUCAAGUCUUUCAAGAUGUUUGUGGAGUCUGACGACAACUAUGCCUUUCUUCUUGCAAACUACGAGCGGGUCUAUGAGUGCAUUCUGCACAGACAGUAUGUAUUUAGCGAGUGCAUUUUCAAACAAGUUAUUCCGAAUAAGAUAGAGGAGGUCUUUAAUGAGCAUAAGAUAAAAACGUUUUUGGGCAAUGACAUGGUUGUUAUCGGGCUUUACGAGGAGACAAGCCCAAAGAUUGUCUUCUAUAUGGCGUUCUGCCUGUUUAGCGAGCUUUACUUUUGCGUGGAAAGGCGCAGAGGGCAUGCAUGCGAUGAAGAGACGGAGGGCGAUGGAGCAGACCAGGUGAAUGAAAAGUACACAGAAAAGUUUUUGGUCAAGCAGCUGCUGCGAAAGAGAGUGCGGCCAGAGCAGUCUCCGGACAGAAGACAGCGCGAGGUUUAUCUGCCUGACCACUACAUAGAAAAAAUGCAUUUGCUGCCCGGCCCGAAUAAGACCGUAUAUCGCCUAUCCGGAACCCCAAUCUUUCUCACAUGCAAUAUCUAUCUGUGGAGCGAGACAGAUAAAGUUGUUGUCUCUGACAUUGACGGAACCAUCACAAAAAGCGAUAUUGUUGGGUAUAUAUACGGUGCCAUGGGGAAGGACUGGACACACUCUGGGAUUGCUGCUCUGUACAACAAAAUUGUUGAGAAUGGCUACAAGAUCAUUUAUCUGUCCUCCCGGCCAAUAGGGCACAUUGGCUUCACAAAGGCAUAUCUUGAAAGAGUUGAGCAGGAGGAGCAGAGCCUGCCGCUUGGCCCAGUGAUCCUAUUUCCAGGGCGCCUUUUAUCUGCUAUUUAUAAGGAGAUGGUGCAGGGCCCAGAGGAGUUCAAAAUAUCUGUGAUUUCUGAGAUAAAGGGACUUCUGCGGAGGGGCCGCAUAUAUGCAGGAUUUGGGAACAAGGAAAGUGACCGCAUUGCAUACGAGGUGUGCGAGAUAGAUCCAGGGCGGAUCUUCAUUGUGAACACACUAAGCGAGAUAUCUACAGGAAGAAAGGGAAUUGUGAAGCUAACGCACUGCAGUCUGUAUGAGAUAGUUGAGGGCGUGUUCCCUCCUGUGGGGCAGCUGAUGCCAGAUGUUGCGCAAAAGUACAUCGGUGAAAGCUGGUGGUCUGUUCGUUCGCCUGAGGAGUGA